CAUAAAGAAUCUACAAACAUAGUAGAAUUAUUUUCAACUACUCCGAUAUCUUUAUUAACUAAUUUUCUCUCUACCUUUAUUUUUUCUUGGUAUAUUCACAUUCAUAUUUUGUAAUAUUCCUUAGUCUAAUUCUGUUUUUGAAUGAUGGAAGAUGCAGUGAGUUGUAGCAGCAGAGGAUUUUCAGAGUUGUCGCGGAAUCAUACUCGAAAGAGGAGAGAAAAAGUUGAAGUCUUUCAAGAAGUGCUUCGAAGAUUAAGGGAGUUGAAUGAUGAAGAAGUGAAUCAACCUGGUUUUGAGGACGAGUUGUGGGCUCAUUUCACUAAGCUUCCACUUCGGUAUGCAUUGGAUGUGAAUAUUGAGAGGGCACAAGAUGUUGUCAUGCACAAGAACUUGUUGCAAAUGGCACAUUAUCAGAAUCCUGCGCCACAAGUUGAAGUCCGAUUAGUGCAGAUUCAUCGAAUAUCUCCCGGGGAUUCAGUUCAUUCCACUUUCUCAAAAAGGAGAGGUGCACAAGUUAUUGAUCACCAUGGCAGCAUGCAUCCUCCACCUGCCUUUGGUUUGUCACCAAGCACAGAGCUUGCGUUAGGAACCAAUAAAUUAUAUGUUCAAGAUGGAAAUAGUGCUGUGAGUGGAAAUUCAAUGUUAUUUCGACCUUUGUAUGAAAUAACGGUUUCAACACUUGACAAGCCUAAGCUCCUCUUUCGAUUGACUUCUUUACUUUCGGAGAUUGGAUUGAACAUUCAAGAAGCUCAUGCUUUCUCCACAAAAGACGGUUACUCCUUGGAUGUUUUUGUGGUUGAUGGUUGGGAAAAUGAGGAAACUGACCAGCUAAGAAAUGCACUGUUGAAGGAAAUUUCAAAUAUGGAGAAACAGCCUGUGUUAAAUCAAGACCUUUUGUUCCCCCAAAAGGAGUUCAUACAAACUGGUAUCAACGUCACCGCGGAUCAUGUGGAUACACCAAGCAACGGGAGUGAAGCGUGGGAAAUAGACAAUGCACAGCUGAAAUAUGAAUAUAAAAUUGCAACUGGAUCAACUGGUGAUUUGUUUAAAGGUUCAUUCCAUAAUCAGGAAGUGGCUAUUAAGGUUCUCAAGGCUGAGUGCCUAAAUGAAGAUGUGCAAAGAGAUUUUGCACAAGAAAUUUAUAUAUUAAGGAAAGUCCGCCACAAGAAUGUUGUGCGAUUUAUUGGUGCUUGUACAAAACCUCCGCGCUUAUGCAUAAUCACAGAAUUUAUGUCUGGUGGGAGUCUGUAUGAUUUUCUGCACAAAAAGAAAGGCCUUUUCAGGCUUUCAGUAUUACUCAAGGUUGCAAUUGAUGUUUCAAAGGGGAUGAGCUACCUGCAUCAAAAUAAUAUAAUUCACAGAGACCUCAAGACUGCCAAUCUCUUGAUGGAUGAAAAUCAAGUUGUGAAGGUUGUUGACUUUGGUGUUGCUCGAGUGCAAGUUCAGUCUGGUGUCAUGACCGCAGAAACAGGAACAUAUCGAUGGAUGGCUCCUGAGGUUAUUGGACAUAAACCCUAUGAUCGAAAAGCCGAUGUUUUCAGCUUUGGAAUUGUACUGUGGGAGCUGUUAACAGGAAAGCUUCCUUACGAGUUCUUGACCCCAUUACAAGCUGCGGUCGCUGUUGUUCAGAAGGGUCUAAGGCCAACAAUUCCCGCGAACACUCAUCCAACGCUGGUAGAAUUGCUCGAGAAAUGUUGGCAGCAAGACCCCUGCGUAAGGCCUGAAUUUUCCGUAAUUCUUGACAUCUUGCAACACAUGACCAAAAAGAUAGUUGAAGAAGAGAAAAGUAACAAAAGAAGAAGCGCCGCGUUGCCAGUGAGGAAGCAUGAUGCAUGACCACGUUUUACUUUAAGUUAUAUGUACUCACAGUGUGAUUUUUUUCCGCUAUCAGUGUUGUAUAACUAUGAUCUGUGGCAGUAGGUUAGCUACAACUUUUCACAGAUUACAAAUUAAUAAUGUUUAUCAUUGGGAUUUACCUUGUAAUUUACAUGAUCAUAUUGUAUAAAUAUUUAAAAACUGGCUACUUAUGACAAA